AUGGACUGCAAGAACUAUCCCCUGUACAUCCGGAGCAUUCCAACAGAAAACGAGCUGAAGUUCCACUACACUGUGCACACUUCCCUGGAUGUUGUGGAUGAGAAGAUCUCUGCGAUGGGCAAGGCUCUGGUAGAUCAGAGGGAGCUGUACCUAGGGCUGCUCUACCCCACAGAGGACUACAAGGUAUAUGGCUACGUGACCAACUCCAAGGUGAAGUUUGUGAUGGUGGUGGAUUCCUCCAACACCGCCCUCCGGGACAACGAGAUCCGCAGCAUGUUCCGAAAGCUGCAUAAUUCCUACACAGACAUCAUGUGCAACCCUUUCUAUAACCCUGGGGACCGGAUCCAUUCCAGGGCUUUUGAUAACAUGGUGAACUCCAUGAUGAUGCAGGUGUGCUGAGGCCCUGCCCCUUCUCAUCUCAGCACUGAGAACAUUCCCUGUGGACAGGAGUGUGCCUGCAAAGUGAUGUAUAUAUUGUCUUUGUUCUGUGUCAUAUUUUAAAUGUAUUCUGUGUAAAUUAAACUUGACACCUGC